AGGCACCCAAAGACUCCUGUUAUGCAACUGCUGACCUACUAACAUACAAUUGGAGACAUUGAGAGAGCAAGGAGGAAAUUGUAGCAAGUCCCUAACGUAAUAAGAGAACAGUAAUAAGAGAACAGAUUCAAAUUAAGCGACACAGAAUUCAUGCUCACAUACAGGCACUAAUCACAGAGCUCGCACUGUACUUGAAGGACGAUCGCACAUUUUAAUUCGAUAGUAGUCAGAAAUAGGAAUUGUUGAACAGAAACGUGGCUGUUAUAUUAGACUUCGCACUAUGGGCUUUUAUUUACACAUACACGCCUUUCAUCUUGCAACCUACUAGAGAAGGAGAGAGGUAGCGCCCUUCCCAAGAGACUGACAAGCCAAGAUAGACUGAGUGACCUACAUCCUGCAACACGCCUGGAGCAGUACAACACUUCUCUGUCUGCUCAGCACAGCGCUCUCACAAAAAGAUAGAAAAACAAAACAGAGAAAAGAAGGUUAGAGAAUUGCUCAGUGAAGCUUGUCACAUUCUCCACUCUAGGAACACUUUUUUUUCUUCUCUACAAGGCAGCUUUGACCCACUUUUCUGUGAGAAAGCUGAAGAGACUUGCCUAGAGAAAGGCUGAACAUACAUUGGAUAAAUGAGGGGAAUUAACGCAGAGUUCCACUGUUUCUUGAUCUUCUUGGCCAGUUUAGCCACUUGAACUAUAAGCUCAUUCAUUCAGUGAGAUAUAGCUGAAUCCCACUGUUCCUUAUCACCCCAUUCCUUGAGUUUCCUUUCCAGUGGUUGUAGCAAUAUUCCAAACUGUCCUCCACUGAGCAACAAUGGAAUGCCUGAAUUCACAACUCCAAUCAGCAAGCUCAGAAAAUAACCUGGACAGCCUAGAGACAUACUCUAACUACGCAGAGUCUCUCCCAUCGCCUCAAGGAACCCCCUCUCGCCAGGGGCGUCUCGUCAAGCCCAGCAUGAGUUGCAGACGCAAGCGUGAGUUCAUCUCUGAUGAAAAGAAGGAUGCAUCCUACUGGGAGAAGCGGCGUAAGAACAACGAGGCGGCCAAACGCUCCAGGGAGAAGCGACGACUGAACGACAUGGUGUUGGAAAACCGCGUCAUGGUGCUGAAUGACGAGAACUGCCGCCUGAAGACGGAGCUGCUGCAGCUGAAGCUGCGCUUUGGCCUUAUCAGCACUGCCUCCUACAUGGAGAAGAGCCAGCAGCUCACUAGUGGAGGCAACAAUGGAGGCAACGGGAGAUCCUCCACAUCCAAUUACUACUCCAGCGGCUACUCCAGCAGCUCCCAGGUGAUGAUGAACUCUGACUCCUCGGAGACUGAGCAGUCAGGCAGCGGGGGGGGACAUAGUCAACUGGUGACGUACUCCCCCCAUGGGUCCCUUUCAGACAUGUCAGACGGGUCCUCCCGGGAAAGCCCAGAGCCUGCGGUCUACGGGAUCAAGCAGGAGGAAAGCAGCCUGGAGAUGGACAUUGGAAGCAGCAUGUUCAACGUCCACCAUAGCCUGUCCUCCACACACCACCAGGAGGAGAUGGAGUCGGUGUACCACAGCCAACAGCACCACUCCUACCACCACCAGGAGAGCAUCACAAGCCAGACCAGUCAGGUCCCUCCACCCACCCAACAGAGGAGUGUCAUCCUCUACCGCUCCAGUAGUGCCUCCUACCCUGGGGAGAGCCAAAGGCAGCAGGACAUAGAUCAACAGACAGCCCAACAGCAGAGUGCUCAGGCCAGCCAUCUGGCCCAGGCUCGAGAGAGCCACACAGAAAGCUCAGAGAGACUGGCAGAGGUGACCAAGCAGAUGGAGAGGAAGACACUAGACUCCCCUCCGUACCACUACUCAGAGUGCCACAGCGAGGCAGGAGAGGAGCAGGUGUACAGAGCUCUGCAACAGGAGCAAAAGACCCAGACAGGCCUCGCUCCAGACAUCCUCCAAAAACAGGAGGCCGUCACAUCCCACCUGUGCCACAACCAGGCUAGUCACUGCUAUCUUAGCACCCAGGACGAGGAGCCCCCCAUACUGACCUAUGAGGGCGGGCCCAGUAGUGAGGGGUACUACCAAGAACAUUCAACCUCAGGCAAAGACACCUCCUCUAGUGACAAUGACCCCCACAGCUCUGACAAGGAGACCUCCACGGACGACGAGUCCCCGUCCUCCUCCUUAUCUGACACCGGGAGUUACCUCCAGCACCUGUCUGUCUCACACCAGCCAGGGUCCCCUCUGCCCUCCCCGCAGGACUCCUCCCAAUGCCAAAGCGGGGACACCCAGGCAGAGGUUAAGGGCACUGCCCUGCCUCACAAACUGCGUCUCAAACACAAAGCCAUGAGCUCCCAGCAGGACUCUCUCACCACCCCUCCUCCUUCCUCUAUCCUACCCCUGCCCCAGCACCCUUACCUGGCCCUCACGCAACAGCAGAGUGGAAAAGAGAGAGAGAGUGAGAGCCAGCCCCCCACAGGGUUCUAUAAGCAGCCGUCCUCAGCUGAGUCAAGGAAGGAGAGUGAGAGCCAGCCCCCCACAGGGUUCUAUAAGCAGCCGUCCUCAGCUGAGUCAAGGAAGGAGAGUGGGGAAAAGGAGUCGUCAAGCGGACGCCAUAACAACAGACGAGACUAAGUGCCUAUUGAACACUUGAGGGCAACACAAAUUUGUCGAGGUUCCUUACAUUGUGAGGUGUCUCUGAUGCUGCCUUAGAUCAAAAUACGCUCUUUCCCUUUUCCCUCCUCAAUCUCAAUCCACUAUCGUUCCUUUACCCCCCAUCUACACCUCCCUCACCUUCAUGUCCUGGGACUAAAAAGCUGUACUGAAGCCCAAAACAGGGCUGGACUUCUGGGGGAACAGUAUUCUAUGUGUAUAUAUUGUAUAUACACUUUUCAGUUCUUGCAUCUUCUCCAUAAUUACAGAAGGACUUUUGUUUCUAAAUGAGAGGAGGGAUGAGACUCUUUCAUAUCGUUUUUCGUCAAACCACAGUUGGUCAUUUCAAAUGAGAAUAUAAGUUGACCAUUAUUGGAAUUGUAUUGUCAGCUUUCAGUGCCCCUCCUAUGGUGCACAUCUGGCUUUAGACAAACGUAGCAGCAACAUUCUAGGAACAUUCCCUUGACCAAAGAUGCAACACAAUGAGAAGUUCCAUUUCUCUUCUCUAACCCUACCUCUACCAAUCCAUAUUUCCCUUCCCAUCUCCAUGAUCUCACACAGCCCAUCCAUUAUCUAUCUAUGUUCAAGCACUCGGUUUGUAUAUUACUGUAAAUUUACCAAUAAUUUAUAAAUAUAUAUUUUUGAAGAAAACUAACAAAUGUCACAACAAUGCGACAAACUGUUGAGGCAAGAAAGGACUUGGCCGUUAUCAUCCUGUUUUUGUCAGAAUUACUGUACAGUCACAUUGUGUCUACUGUUGCAAACUCCACUUAAGUUAAAACGCCUUUAAUGUCAUCACUUUAACUCUGUUUGCAGAAACAUGGCCGAUAGCUUUUGAAAUGCAGCUUACCUGUUAUUGCAGUAGAUCUUUAAGAUCUUAGACAGCAUUCAAUCAAAGUCAAUCAGAGACAGAACUAGGCUGCUGGCCUAAAGUUGAGCAUCAUCAACAGUCUAGACUUCCACUGUUCGUUCCCAUCUCUUAGCCCAAUGUAUUUAUUCCUAUGCCCACAUCUGCAGAAAAGCCAAUAGAAACAUAGACUAAAAUGUGAAUGUUUAUAAACCUUAACGCAUAAAAGCUCAAGUUAAAACCGCAAAGUGGGGAAAUAUAGGGGAGGGAGUUAUUUUAAAUAUAGUAAUAUAAUCUAAAUGAUAUCUGCAUGAUAUUUGAACUCUGAGUGAGGCCACCUAGUCUCCUCUGCAAAUCAACACACAACACAAUGCACUGAGUUCAGAACCUCAGGCUUCUGACUUGACGUCGAUCCACUGCCCUAGAGACAUGGUGUUAAACCCAGAUACUAGGUCAUUGGAUCUCUGAAACAGAAGCGAAAUUUACUAUAUUACACAAAUAGCCCAUGACAUUAGAAAAACCUGGUUUAGAAUAAUCAGAGCUUUUGCAAUUAAGUUUUGUAAAAACUAAGGACAAUCUCUACUUUGUUAAUGAAAUAGGGAUUUCCCCUUUUUCUAAUGUGCCUCUGUAGUGUAAAACAUGGGGCAUCCACCCCCGGCCUUUAUUUUCCUCAUUUUGGGUGACAAUGAGAAGCCUGCACUGUACCACACAGUUUUAUAAAGUAUAUGUACCAGGUUUAGCUUUUUGCCACUUGUGUAUAAAUGUAAAGCGUUCCCUCUCUCAGACAACACUGUCAUGUUAAUGUCAUUGUUUUAUUUGUUCUGUGUUCUGUGACUAUCUUCGUGUGUCUUUCUCCUAUUGACCGUGAUGAUGUAUUUGCUCCAUACCCCCAUUCUCCCUUUUUUUCAUUGUGUUUCAAAUCAGUGAUGCUUGUGUUUUUGCUGAUGGUUUCAUGAAAAAGAUUCUAAAAAAGACAAAGAUGCA